AUGGGUGGCACUGCCUCUGAGAUGAGCCUUUCUGAGGAGGGGGAGGAAGGAAGUGACUCUGAAGACAGUGUAUACUGGGAUGCCACAGAUGGGGUUGAUGGGAUUGAAAGCAGUCACUGUAAGGUGCGCGAUGAGGCCGACCACACCCCAGAGUUACAGCUGUCUAAUGACCAAGUCAUGGACAUGUCUCAAGAAAACAUCAUGGACCUUAAAAGUGAGAGUAAUCCACUAGCCAAGACUGGUCCUGAACCCAGAGAGACCAAUCUAUCCAAUCAGGCAACAGCAGCUGGAGACCCUGCCUUGGAAUUGCAUCAUGGGAAUGAGGGUCCUCCACAAACCUUAGGCUUUGGGGUAGGGAUCCAGUCCAAAAUCACAGCCCAGUCUAGCAAUGUGGUGGCACCCCACAUUCAGAGCUGCACCAUCAACCAGCUUACCAUCAGCACACAAAACUUGGCUGUCCAGAAGCCCACUGAAAGCUCGGCUGCUUUGCUGAGGAGCGUCCGAGAAAGCAUAAAAUCAAAGCUGAAGAAGAAGUUUGAAUGCAUAUUUGAGGGAAUAGCUAGGCAGGGUAAACCAACCCUGUUCAUUGAUAUAUACACAGAACUGUACAUAAUAGAGGGUGGAACUGGGAAGAUCAACACGGAGCAUGAAGUGCGGCAGAUCGAGAUUGUAUCCAAGAAAUCAGAUAGCCAAGAGACCAAAAUUACUUGCAUCGACAUUUUCAAACCUUUCGGCAGGAAAAAACAUCCAAUUAGAACCGUACUGACGAAGGGGAUUGCUGGCAUCGGAAAAACUGUCUCCAUUCAAAAAUUCAUUCUCGACUGGGCAGAAGAAAAAGCCAACCCUGACAUUGAGCUGAUUUUCUCUCUUCCCUUCCGUGAGCUGAAUCUGUUGAAGGCGGAAGAAUUCAGCCUGCUUGGACUCCUACAGCACUACCAUCCGGAGCUGAAAGAAGUUGAGGACAUCAACUUGGACUGCAGUAGCAUUGUGUUCAUCUUAGAUGGCUUGGAUGAGUGUCAGCUCCCCCUGGGUUUUGAGAAGAACAUAGCCUGGUUUGAUGUAAGAACGUCAACCACAGUGGACGUGCUCCUGACCAACCUCAUUAUGGGAAAUCUGCUGCCGUCUGCACUAUUGUGGGUGACCACCCGACCAGCAGCAGCAAAACGGAUCCCUGCGAAAUCCAUCCACCAGGUUACAGAGAUACGAGGAUUUAAUGACCAACAGAAGGAAGAGUACUUCCAGAAGAGAUUUAACAAUCCAAAUCUGGCCAGUACAGUUAUUGCACAUGUGAAGUCUUCCAGGAGCCUGUACAUCAUGUGCCACAUUCCAGUGUUCUGUUGGAUUUCUGCAACGGUUCUGGAGCACUUGUUGGGUGAGGCCGACUGUGAAGAGAUCCCCAAAACACUGACGCAAAUGUACACUCAUUUUUUGCUCAUUCUCAUAAACAUCAACAAACAGAAGUACACUGAGACCGAAGAAACAGCAGUAAAAACGCUAACGCCGUCUGACAAAGAAAUUGUUCUGAAGCUCGGGGAGCUUGCGUUCGAAGGGCUGGAAAAAGGAAAAUUGAUAUUUUACGAAGAGGACUUGAGAGAGUGUGACAUUGAUGUCAGUGAAGCUUCAGUGUACUCUGGGGUUUUUACUGAAAUCUUUAAAGAGGAGUAUGGGCUAUAUCAACAGAAAAUGUUCUGCUUUGUGCAUCUGAGCAUUCAAGAGUAUCUAGCUGCUUUGUUCCUCUUUAAUAGGUUUACACAACGGGAGCAUCCUGAAGAGAAAGAGACUGAGGAGGUGGAAAGUCUUUACUUCUCAGAAGAAAAAGAUUCAUUGGACGUGCUGAUGCUUCAGCAUUACAAGGAAUUUGUGGAUGAGGCCUUGAAAAGUGAGAAUGGGCAUCUGGAUCUUUGCCUCCGUUUCCUUUUUGGCCUCUUACUGGACACCAGUCAGUGUCUCUUGCAGGGUUUCCUGACACACACAGGAAGCAAGUUCAAUAUCAUGGUGAAAAUGGUGAAGCACAUUAAGAGGAAAAUCAGGAAGAAGAUGUCAGCAGAGAGGUCCAUCAAUCUCUUUCACUGUCUGAAUGAACUGAAUGAUAACUCCCUAACAGAGGAAAUCCAGUUUUCCCUGUCGUCUGGAAAUCUAUCAGAUGAAAAGCUGGCUCCAGAUCAGUGCUCAGCAUUAGCCUAUUUGGUGUUGAUGUCGGAGGAUGUACUUGAGGUCUUUGAUUUGAAGAAAUACAAAACAAAUGAAGAAGGACAUAAGCGGCUGCUACCUAUAGUCAAGAGCUGUACGAGGGCCAUACUACACAACUCCAACCUGACAGCGAAGCACUGCCGAACCCUGGUUUCUGCGCUCAGGAUGGCGAACUCGCACUUGAGAGAGCUGGAUCUCAGCAGGAACUGCUUAAGGUACAAGGGACUGCUGCAUCUCUGUGUUGGGCUUAGGAGCCGAUGCUGCAGGUUGCAGAUUCUGAAUCUCAGUGACAACGGCCUGAAGGACUCAAGCGCGAGCGAUCUCUGCAUGAUGCUGAGGAAUCCCCACAGUGAGCUACGGGUUUUAGAUCUAAGCAACAAUGAUCUCGGGGAGGACGCUAUAAAGCCCCUGUCAAUCGUACUGAAGAGUCCAUACUGCAAAUUGCAUAGUCUGAUUCUCGGCAAUAACAAGCUUGAAGAUUCAGCCAUGAAGUAUCUGUGCAUUGGACUGACAAGCCCAGACUGUAAGUUGGAGGUGUUAGACCUUGGGAGGAACAAAGUAGGGGAAGAAGGGCUGAAGAUGCUCUGCUCUGGAUUGAAUAGCCGACACUGUAAGCUGCGCACCCUGGAUCUCCACUGCAAUAACCUAGGGGAUGAAGGAGUGAAACUGCUAUGUGCUGAACUGAUGAGUCCCAGCUGCAAGCUUCAGAAGCUGGGGUUAAGAGAGUGCAGUCUUACAGCUCUGUGCUGUGCAGACCUGGCCACUGUCCUGCGCUCACAUCAUUCAGAGCUCGGAGAUCUCGAACUGAGGGACAAUGACCUGGAGGAUGAGGGAGUGAGAGAGCUCUCGGCUGGAGUGCAGGACCCAAGCUGCAAACUACAAAGAUUGGGGUUUGUGGCAACUAAAAAGUCUUGCUAA